AUGCCUGAGCCCAGUGGGUACUGCAAUUCGAAGAAGACCGACGACGUCUGCGAUGAAGCCUGCGGCGACGUCUGCGGCGAUGUAACUAUGCUCUCUGUCUCUCUCUCUCUCUCUAUCUCUCUCUCCGUCUUCUUGGGAGAAAUAUCUGGGCCCGGUAGAUCUGCUUCCUUGGAUUGUUUCCGGGUUGCUGGGUCUCUUCCCCUCCGAUUGGUGGCCGGAUUUCUCGCCUGAUCUUGGGGAGCCAUUAGAGACGAUUUCUCCCCGUUCUCUGCGUAUUCGGGAGCUGCGAAUCCCAAUGCCUCCCUGGUUUCUGCUUGCUGGCAUUGCGGCUAUGGGUUUCUUGCCUUGAUCUCGUCUUCUGAUUCUGCGGAUGUUUGCUUCUGCGCAGAGGUCGUCGAGGAAGGGAGGGAUGAACAUGACGAGGAGGCUGCGCUGUGUUCUUGGGGGAUUCGAUCUCCGCGCCAUUCUUCUGCUUUUCGUCCUCGUCCCCACCUGCAUCUUCGUCAUCCAUCUCCACGGCCAUAAGGUCACUUUCUUCCUCCGCCCGCUCUGGCAGAAGCCCCCGAAGCCCUUCAACCAGAUCCCCCACUACCACCACCCCAACGCCUCCAUGGCCGAGCUCUGCAAGCUCCACGGGUGGGGCGUCAGAGAGACCCCCAGAAGGGUCUUCGACGCCGUCCUCUUCAACAACGAGCUCGAUAUCCUCGCCAUCCGCUGGAAUGAGCUCCUCCCCUACGUCUCGGAGUUCGUCCUCCUCGAGUCCAACUCCACCUUCACCGGCAUAAAGAAGCCCCUCUUCUUCGCGCAGAACCGGGGGCGCUUCCAGUUCGUCGGGCCCCGGCUGACCUACGGCACCGUCGCCGGCAGAUUCGUGAAGGGCGAGAACCCGUUCGUGGAAGAAUCCUACCAGCGGGUGGCGCUGGACCAUCUCAUCAAGAUUGCCGGAAUCGCCGACGACGAUCUUCUGAUCAUGUCCGACGCCGACGAGAUCCCCAGCGGCCACACCAUCAAUCUCCUCCGCUGGUGCGAUGAAAUCCCUGAGAAGCUCCAUCUCCAGCUCCGGAACUACCUCUACUCCUUCGAGUUCUUCCUGGACAUGGAGAGCUGGAGAGCCUCCGUCCACCGGUACCGCUCCGGCGAGACCAGGUACGUCCAUUUCCGGCAGAGCGACGAGCUCCUCGCCGACGCCGGCUGGCACUGCAGCUUCUGCUUCCGCCGCAUCAGCGAGUUCGUCUUCAAGAUGAAAGCUUACAGCCAUGUUGAUCGAGUUAAGUUUUCAUAUUACCUGGACCCUGGAAGGAUUCAGAGGAUCAUCUGCCAGGGCCUGGACCUGUUCGACAUGUUCCCCGAGGAGUACACCUUCAGGGAGAUCAUCAGCAAGCUCGGGCCGAUCCCUCGGUCCUUCUCCGCGGUUCAUCUCCCUGGUUAUCUGAUCCAGAACGUCGACAAGUUCAGGUACCUGCUCCCUGGGAACUGCCAGAGGGAAGAAGGGUGA